AAAAAAGAAUUAAAAAAAGAUCCCUAAGCGGGCGCGGGCGGCGCAGCACCGGGCUGGCGGGGACGGGCUCCGGCAGCCCGCGGCGUGGGCAGAGCGGAGCGUGACAGCGGGGCAGCCCGGAGCCGCCGCGGCGGCGGCAGCGGGGAGAUGGGCAGAUCGUGACGGGUUUUUGGGGGGAGGGUUUUUUAGGGGGGGCCGUGGUGCUGCCGCACACCUUUUUGGGUUUGAUUUUUUUUUAGUUUUUUUUUUUUUUUUUUUUUUUUUUUUUUCUUUUGGUGGUGGAAAUAUAAGCUGAUCGGGAGAAGGGGGAGAGAAGCCCUCGAGUAUCUCUCAGGUUUUGGAUCCAUCCGUGAGAGGGAGAGAAAAAAAAAUCUCAGCUCCAGCCCAACAAGUGGAUUUUAAUAUUUUUCUUUUUUUUCUUCUUCUUCUUUUUUUUUUCUUUUUUCCUUUUUUUUUUUUUUUAAAUUUUUCCUCCCCCUUUUCCACCCCGCCACCCACCGUCAAAGUGGGGUGGCCGUAAAGUGGGUGGGUGGGGGGGAAAAGAGGCAGCGAUCUCCGUGGCGGGGACUGAGCAUGGAAGAGCCGCCGGAAGGGCACGGCCACCGAGACGCGGCGCCCGGCCCGGCGAGCAGCGGCAGCGGCAGCGAUGGCGAGAGCGUGCCCGUGUCCCCCAGCCCCGCGCCCGCCUCCCCCGCCGCGCCCUGCCCCCUGCCCCUGCCCCGCCGCCGCCACCCGCCGCCCCCGCCGCCGCCCCCGCCGCCGCCGCCCCACCGCACCACCAACUUUUUCAUCGACAACAUCCUGAGGCCGGACUUCGGCUGCAAGAAGGAGCCGUCCGCGCCGGCCGGCGGCGGAGGAGGAGGAGGCAGCCGGGAGCGGGACGGAGACCGGGGGCAGAGCUCAGGUAGAGAAAACGUCAACCCGCUGCUGGCCCGGCCGCCCAACCCGCCCGCCCUCCUGUGCCCGGACUCGAACUGCCGUCCCGACGGCUCCGCGCCGCCGCCGCCGCCCGCCGCCGCCGCCAAAGCCAGUCCCGCCGCGGCGGCAGCGGCGGCGGCGGCGUCGGGGGCGGCCAAGCCCCCGACCGAUGGGGGCGAGACUCACCCGGCGAAGUACGGGGAGCACGGCAGCCCCGCCAUCCUCCUCAUGGGCUCUAAUAAUGGAGGACCUGUUAUAAAGCCCGACUCGCAACAGCCGCUGGUGUGGCCUGCCUGGGUCUACUGCACUAGGUAUUCAGACAGACCGUCCUCGGGCCCCCGCACCAGGAAGCUGAAGAAGAAGAAGACGGAGAAGGAGGACAAGCGGCCGCGGACGGCGUUCACGGCCGAGCAGCUGCAGCGGCUGAAGGCGGAGUUCCAGGCGAACCGGUACAUCACGGAGCAGCGGCGGCAGAGCCUGGCCCAGGAGCUCAGCCUCAACGAGUCCCAGAUCAAGAUCUGGUUCCAGAACAAACGGGCCAAGAUCAAGAAGGCGACGGGCAUCAAGAACGGGCUGGCGCUGCACCUCAUGGCCCAGGGACUCUACAACCACUCCACCACCACGGUGCAGGACAAAGAGGAGAGCGAGUGAGGCGGGCGGCCCUAGCCCAGCCCUGCGCCGCGGCGCUGGCCCGCCGGCCGGGAGGCGGACAGGUGCGAUUUAAAAGCAGAUCUAUUGUCUAUCCAUAGUAUAAGGACUUCGAUUAAGAAAAAAAAAAAAAUAUGAACACUUAAAAAAAUUAUCUCUAUAUAGCCAAACAGCAUAUGACCUUGUAUAUAUUUAAUUUCAGGUAAGAAAUAUGUGUAGCGAUCUCUAUUUGCUGGACAGUUUCUCUCUUCCCUUCUCUCUGUUUCUCCUUUCUUUUGUUCGUUUGUUCGUUUUGUUUACUUUCCUUUUUUUCUUCGCCCCCCCCCCCCCCCGAUGUCCGUUGCUCCUGUUUUACAGUAAAUGUCGGACUUUUCUCAUCUGUCGUUUGAGCUUAUUUUAUUUCUUUUGUGUGUGUGAAUUUCUGUCUCUUUUUUUUUUCCCCCGAGGAAAAAAAAUUCUGAUCCACAGACUGCGAGACUGAACCCGCCGCUACAAGCCAAAGAUUUUAUUAUGUUCAGAAAUCUGUAGUCUGAAAUAAAGUGUAGACUGUGUUCAGGA